AUGGCCAGGCUGAAGAAGGGAGGUGUCCAUUCCUGGGAAGAUGUGCUUGCCCAGCGGUAUCAAAACGAUAAACCAUCCUCACUCCCUCGCUACAGACGCCGCAAAGGCAACAUCCGCGGCCCAGCACCCCGAGGCCUCGACAUCAGCCAAACACCAGACCCGCAACCACAAUGCCAUCUACUGCAAACCUUACCGCCAGAACUGCGUCUCGUGAUUUGGGAAAUGGUCCUCGGCGGACUGCGAUUACACAUAAUCCAACGCUCCAAGCGACGAUUAGGCUGUGUCAUUUGCCCGAGCCCUCAAAAGGAUACGUGCGACAUCUGCCGGGGCGUACUGCAACAGCCUGUUAAGAGUGCAGAGACACACUCAAACGUGAAUUUGAUAGCGUUGUUGGUUACUUGUAAACAGAUAUACCGCGAAAGCAUCCACCUCCUCUACUCCUCCAACACCUUCGAAUUCAGCAACACCUGGACCCUCGCCUACCUUCGCCCAACGCUCCCUCCCAACCAAUGGACCGCAAUCCGCUUCGUCGACCUCAAAUGGGCAUUUCCAGGCCACUGGCUGCCCAGCAAGGACUCCGUGAAGUCCGUAUAUGUUUGGGCGGGCCGCCAACAAUGGAUCGAAACCUGCAACGCGAUCUUGCUACUCAACCAUCUCGAGGAGUUUGUGCUGCAUUUAACAGGGAACUGGUUCGGGGAACCUAUUGAGAAAGUGCCUGUGUUUCUGGAUCCGUUGAGGGAUCUGCGCCUAAGGGGUGGGCGAGACAAGAAAUGGAGGAUUUAUUUGCCGCCGCAGCCGUAUUAUAAGAUGGAGAUUAGAAGGUUGAAUGAGUUGAUGGUCAAGGAGGGGAUUUGUUGUGAGGUGUAUGAGGCUGGACAAUGCUGA